AUGAAUGAGAAUUUAGCAGAUGUCUUAAAUGCAAAUAAUAAUAAUAAUAAUAAUAAUAAUAAUGAUAAUGCUGAGAAUUUAGUAAUAAACAAUAAUAAUAAUAAUAAAGAUGAACUUAAUAUUGAUAAUAAUAGUAAUAGAGAUGAAACAACAGUAGAUGUUGCAAUCGAAUCAGAAAAAGAACGAGAGCGAGAAAAAGAAAGAGAACGAGAGAUAGAAAGAGAAAAAGAAAAAGAAAGACAAAGAGAGCGCGAAAGAGAAAGGGAACGAGAAAAGGAAAGAGAGCGUGAAAAAGAAAGAGAGAAAAUAGAUGAUUUGAUAAAGUUGGUUAGUAGUGGUAAUUUCGACUCUUGGGCUGCCGUAAAUCAUAUGUUUCAACAUCAGACCAGUCAGGGUGUAGUCGAUUAUCUCUGCAAUCGAUUAUAUACCGUAGAGGACAAGGAUAUCGAUUUCUUUAUAACUCAAUUAUGUAUUAUUUUAAUAAAUCAACCGAAUGAACAAAAAGUAUCACUUUCUUCACUUGCCAGAUUUGUGAUGGAUCGAUGUGCCAAGUCAAUGAGAUUCGCCAUCAAGGCAUACUGGAUAUUUCAGGCAUUCGAGGAGGAUGGACAAAAGAAUCUGUUGACAAUCGAAGACAAUUCCUAUCUCCAAUCGUCACCGAAUACAACAAACAACGAAUUAUCACACGAAAACAACAACAAUCAUAUAAAUCAAAACAACCGCAUUUCACCUUCAACUUCACCAUCAUCAAGAAAUAUACAAUAUAUACAACAACACGCAAACAAUACAAAUUCACAGACAUUAUUAUCAACAUCACCAUCCUCAUCCUCAUCAUUAAAUAUAGCUUUAAAUCAACAAUUAACAACAACAACAACAAAUUUACCGAAUCAAAAGUUAGAUAAUAAUAAUAAUAAUAAUAGUGUAGAUAGAUUAUCAAAUGAAACAACCAAGAUAUAUAUAAAUAACAAUGAGAUUAAUAUUAGUAAAUACGAAGAAUUGAAUAAACCGACAGUUUCAAACUAUAGGUUGGUGGAAAUGAAGAAAGAGUUGGCAACAAGACUGAGAGAGUAUUGCGAGAUGUCUGUUAUCACUUGCUCGAGACCACUCAUCACCAGGCCAAGGACAUCUUCAUUACCUUCACCAUUCUUAUCAUUUACAUCAACAACACCAGCAGCAACAACAACAACAACACAGACACCAGCAGCAACAUUAAAUCAAUCGACAAUACCAGAAGAUUUACAACAACAACAACAACAACAACAACAACAAUCACAACAAAUAAAUGAUAAUAGAGAAUCAAAAACACCACCUAUGGAAGCACAACUAACAGAUUAUGAUAUUGAAUUACAGAUUUCAAAGAGUUUCAGAUGUGAAUAUCUCAAUUCGAUUCUGUCAUUCAUUCAGAAUCUCUCGAAUAUCUCGAAAAAGUUGAUAUCAGUACCGAUCGAUCUACGUCAAGCAAAGCUAAAGGAUGAAAUAAGUGGACUCAAUCUAAAGCUACCACUGGGACUGUAUAUUCCGAUGUGGCAAUCGUCAGAACACCAUUGCAUCGUUAGAAUACCACCAGAGGAAGUAAAGAUAAUGAACUCACGUGAGAGAGUACCGUUCAUGUUGGUUCUCGAGAUUAUCGAUGGUCAGGAAGAGGCGACCGCUGCCAACAUCUUGAAGAUAGUCUCAUCCUACCUACCGAUCACUCUGGCCAACAGCAAGAGUAACGGCAGUCUCAAGCUUGACCUCAUUAAGAAACACAUCGUUGGAAAUAGCAGCACCAGUAACAGUGGCAGUGGAAACAACAGUGUUGGCAGUGGAACUCCAACCGAUUCACCUCCACACUCAUCAAUAUCAUCAUCCAUCUCUACAAGUACAUCAUCCAUACCCAUCAGUUUAAAUAAUAACAAUAGCAGUAUUAUAGUUAAUCAAACAUCUGUUUCUGCACCAAAUACAACUCCAACUACACCCAUUACAGCGACUGCUAUCUCUGUGAUAAGUGGUGGCGGUGGUGGUAGUAGUAGCACUCCUACUACUCCUGUCACUGCACACAUUAACUUGGAGAGUAAGCUGUCGUCUUCGCCAUUGUCAUCGCCAAUCGUUGAGAAACUGCUACAUGAAAACAAGUUUGCUCAUUUCGGUGAGCUGUGGGAAGACAAGACAGAGAGAUACAGAAAUAUAUCACCCUAUGGUCAUCUCCCAAAUUGGCGGUUGGCGUCGGUGAUUAUCAAGACCGGUGACGAUUGUCGACAAGAACAAAUGGCUGUGCAGUUGAUUCGCAAGUUCCAAGAGAUUUGGAACAGUGCGAAACUUCCGCUCUACCUGAGGCCAUACAGUAUUCUGGUGACGUCGUCUCAGAGUGGAAUCAUCGAGACCAUACCAGACACCAUUUCCCUCCACAACCUAAAGAAGAAUCUCAAUCAGAUCACUCUAUUAAAUUACUUUAAGAACACCUAUGGCAAUGAGCAAUCAGAGGCAUUCCGUAUUGCACAAGCGAAAUUCGUUGAAUCGAUGGCAGCCUACUCCAUCGUGACCUAUCUUUUACAGGUGAAGGAUCGUCACAAUGGAAAUAUCAUGAUUGACAAAGAAGGACAUAUCAUUCACAUUGAUUUUGGAUUCAUCCUUUCAAACAGUCCGGGCAAUAUGUCGUUUGAAUCGGCACCGUUUAAGCUGACACAAGAGCAGCUCGAUGUGAUGGGUGGAACCACUCAAUCGCCACAGUUCCACUACUACCAGGCACUGUGUGUCCGUGGAUUCCUCGAGGCUCGUAAACACUUUGAGAAAUUCGUUUCAUUCAUCGAGCUGAUGAUGACCGGACCAAAGAUGUCUUGCUUCCAGAGCGGACGUGACUGUAUUGAACAGCUGAAACAGAGAUUCCUGCUGAAUCUAAGUGAAAGAGAAUGUGGAUAUCAUGUCGAACAGCUUAUAACCAAUAGUUUAAACCACAGAACAACAAGAUAUUAUGAUUACUAUCAAUUUUAUUAUAAUAAUGACCUAGAUAGAAUCGUUUUUAGUUUAGUUUGUAAGAGAUGGUACCAUGAAAGAGAUAAAUAUUUGUUUUUCGGUUUCUCUAAUACAUAUAUAUCAAGUAUUUAUAAUACGAAUACUUCUGAUAUUCAACUAGAUAGUAAACAUUUCAACUUACCAUCAUAUCAUAAUAUCUUGCUGAAAUCAAUUCAAUCAAAGACUAAUUGCUCAUUGACACUUGCCAAGACAAAGAGGAAUCUAUAUUUUUUUUGGCGUAAGAAAAUAAAAGCAAACUUUAUUUAUUAUGAAAAUGGUUUGGUGAGACUUAAGCUCGGUCCUGGUUUGUCCGAUCAUGAAUUCGAACCAGGUGUGCUCCCAAAAUCAUUAAAGGUUCUGCACACCGACUAUAAUUUUGCAUCAAGAGUAAGAGUACUUCCACCAAACCUCGAAAAGCUGGUGAACUAUUCAUCUUCACAAUCAGUUGUACUUGGCGAUGAAGUAUUACCACAGUCACUUAGAAUUCUAAAAGGUGCGCCUUACUCGUGGUUUCUUCAACCGAUACCACUGCCUAAUCUUCAGUAUUUGUCAAUAUUGAGGCAUACCAAAAGUCCUAUCAAUCUCGAUCUCUUACCAUCGAGCAACUUAAAGUCUCUCAAAUUUAGUAGCAGAGAUCGAUUGAUUGGAACUAUGCUAACAUCAAUAAGAAGGCUGUAUCUCGGGAGUAUAAUUAACAAAUUGGUUGUUGAAGGAUCAUUUCCUUGUCCGAUUACAUCACUUCCACACGGAAUCAAAUCAAUUAUCUUUGAUAACUGGGGUAACUACAAGAGUGAAACUAUCGAUUGUCUAACUCCACUGACAGUCACAGAGCUCAAUGUACCAUUUAAGAACUUAAAGUUUCCAAAUGAACUGCCAAAUUCCAUCGAUACAAUUCAUUUGGACGAUCAUGAGCUAAGUGACUGUCUAGAUUUUAUUCCACCUUUAGUAAAAACAAUGACACUUACCAAACUAUCAAAACCACCCAACAAUAUCCAAUUUAAAAACAUAACCAAUUUCAUUUUAUUAAAUAGUUUUACAAUCAGAAAGUUAGAUGAUAACUAUUGGAUAAUCAUGGGAGAGUAUAAUAAGGAACAAAUUCUCAAGUUAUUUCAUAAAUCAAAAUUAUCAUAA